UGCGUGCGCGCCCCGGGCCACUGCACUCACACCGCACCGGGAGUACCGCGGCACAGUGCGGGUCACUCGCGGCCGCGCGCACUGCCCCCUCCCUCCGCGCUCCGUGCUCUAGCCAGCAAGUCAUCAUGGCCACGCGAGCUCUGUUCGUCUCCCUCCUCCUCGCGCUCUGCUCGGCUCUCGGGGAGGGCGUCUCGGCAUUGCGCGGCCGCUCCAACGGCGACGCGGUCAAGUUCGACUUCACGCCCUUCCUCAUCCAGUACCAGAGCGGGCGGGUGCAGCGGCUGAUGGGCACCAGCGUGGUGCCGCCGUCCGUGGACGCGCGCACCGGCGUCGCCUCCACCGACGUCGUCAUCGACCAGGGCACGGGCCUCGCCGUCAGGCUCUACCGGCCGAGCCGCCGCGGCAGGCUCCCGGUGCUCCUCUACUUCCACGGCGGCGCGUUCGUCGUCGAGUCGGCCUUCGGCCCCGUGUACCACAACUACCUCAACGUGCUGGCGGCCAGGGCGGGCGUCAUCGCGGUCUCGGUGAACUACCGCCUGGCGCCGGAGCACACGCUGCCGGCCGCCUACGACGACUCCUGGACGGCGCUCCAGUGGGUGCUCUCCAACGCCCGCAACGGCUCCGGCUACGGCGCGUCCUGGCUGUCCAAGCACGGGGACAUGUCCCGGCUGUUCGUCGCCGGCGAUAGCGCCGGCGGUAACAUCGCGCACAACCUCGCAAUGCGCGUGGGGCAGCAGGGCCUGGGUCAGGACGACGGCAAAGGGCGGAUCAAGGGCGUGGCGCUGCUGGACCCGUACUUCCUGGGCGGGCACGCGGGCCCGUGGGCGGAGCGAUCGUGGGGGUUCAUCUGCGCGGGGCGGUACGGGACGGAGCACCCGUACGUGGACCCGAUGGCGCUGCCGGCGGACGCGUGGCGGCGGCUCGGCGCCGGGCGCGUGCUGGUGACCAAGUCGGGGCAGGACGGGCUGGGGCCGUGGCAGCGCGCGUACGUGGACGCGCUCCGGGGCAGCGGCUGGGGCGGGCAGGCGCGGCUGUACGAGACGCCCGGCGAGGGGCACUGCUACUUCCUCAACAACCUCCAGUCGCCCAAGGCCGCCGCGCACAUGGCCACCGUCGCGGAGUUCGUCAGUCACUCCUAGCUAGCUACAUAUACCUCACUCAUUGUCUGGUCUGGCAGCGCGGUGAUCAGGCCAGUGGUAGUAUGAGAUACUAGAGAAUAAGUGUAGAGUGAGAAUGCGUGUUGCUGUUACCUCUGUUUUCGAUUCUUCUUGGAAGCAGAUGGGCUUGUUUGUGACAGCAGUGACAGAUGGCUUUGUUCACUGGCGGCCGGAGAGUGCACGUGUGCCGUGCACUCCGGCGGCCCCUUGAACUUUGGAACGGAUAAGUAUGAUGAAUGGAUGAAAGAGGGGCUCGAUCGAUCUUCGACGUGCUCGAGGUUUAUAAA